AUGGUUGAUACCACUGCCGAGAACGCUACUGGUUCUGGUGCAACGACUGUCGCCUCUUCUAGUCGCACCACAACUGUCCCUACAAUGGCUGCGACAGAAAAGCCCGGAAAGUUUUCUGGCAUCGACUUUAAACGCCGGCAACAGAAAAUGUUCUUCUACUUAACAACCCUCAGUUUGCAAAAAUUUAUUACUGAAGAAGUUCCUGUUCUAUCAGAAGAGACUCCGGACAAUGAGCAUUUCAUCGUGAUGGAAGCAUGGAAUCAUUCUGAUUUUCUAUGUAAAAACUAUAUUCUCAAUGGGCUGGAUGAUGGUCUAUAUAAUGUCUAUAGCGGCUAUAAUAAAUCUGUCAUGUCUCAAGUCCAGAAACUUCAAGUGAUUACACAUGAUCUGUUUGCGGAAGGAAUGGUAGUCAAUGGAGCUUUCCAGGUUGCGGCCAUUAUUGAAAAAUUGCCUCCUUUGUGGAAGGAUUUUAAAAACUACUUAAAGCACAAACGUAAGGAAAUGACAUUAGAAGAUCUUAUCGUCCAGCUUAGAAUUGAGGAAGACAACAGAUCUGCUGAGAAGAAGGCCAAUGGCAAACUAGCAAUAAUGGGGGCAAACAUCGUUGAAACUGCCUCUACAAGUUCAAAGAAAAGGAAGCGGGCUUCUAGAGGGAAGAAUGUUCUAAGCAAGAAGAAAUUCAAAGGAAGUUGUUACAAUUGA